CUGAAAUGCACCUCGAUAUAAAAGGCUGAAGCAAGUCGAAUAGCACUACAUAUCGCCUGUGUUCCCUCCUGAGCCGAGCAGAACAGCCUGGUAGUCAUGUUGUUUUACAGAUCACUGAUAGCAGUGGUGGCGCUUGCGGCCAUGGUUUGCAUGGCAGCAGCCGGCGGUGGAUAUGGAGGUGGAGUCGGAAGUGGAUUUUCAGGCAGUGGAUUUAACCAUGGUGGAAGUGGCGGAUUCGGUGGUGCCACAGGAUUUAGUGGAAGCGGUGGAUUCAGCGGCGGUGGAUUUAGCGGAGGAAGUGGCGGAUAUGGCGGCGGACGAGGUGGAGGCAGCGUCGUCCGCGCGCGCUUGGUCGGCGUUGGCGUUCUUCCUAGCGUCGGCGGCGGCUCGGGCUUCGGCGGCGGUUUCGGCCAAGGCGGAGGACGAGGAUCCUUCGGCGGAGGACGAGGAAGCGGCGGAGGAAGCUACGGAUGCUUCAUUUCCAUGCUGAAGAGAUUGUUGCGAUAUUCCAGAGAAUCGUCGUUUUGGCCUUACUGGCAAUGCUUUACUCGGCGAAGUUCGCGGGAGGCGGAUACGGGAGCAGAGGAGGCGGUGGUGGAGGUGGCUUUGGUAAUGCUGUGGAAUAGGUGUCAGUGGAGUAGGAUCGCAGUGGUGGCGUUUGCGGCCAUGGUUUGCAUGGCAGCAGCCGGCGGUGGAUAUGGAGGUGGAGUCGGAAGUGGAUUUUCAGGCAGUGGAUUUAGCCAUGGUGGAAGUGGCGGAUUCGGUGGUGCCACUGGAUUUAGUGGAAGCGGUGGAUUCAGCGGCGGUGGAUUUAGCGGAGGAAGCGGCGGGUAUGGCGGCGGACGAGGUGGAGGUAGCGUCGUCCGUGCGCGCUUGGUUGGCGUUGGCGUUCUUCCUAGCGUCGGCGGCGGCUCGGGCUUCGGCGGCGGUUUCGGCCAAGGCGGAGGACGAGGAUCCUUCGGCGGAGGACGAGGAAGUGGCGGAGGAAGCUACGGAUGGUAAUCAUCAUACUCAAAGAACAUUUGGCUUGAAACAUAGAAACAUAUCUUUGUUUCCGAAAAUA